AUGAGCAAGCACAAUCAACAAAAAACAGUGAUUGAUAUUCUCAACGAAAGACUUGUUAAAGCCAAAGAGCUUCUUCGUGUUAUGAACGAUGAAAAUCUCAAAAUAGCAACAUACUUUUAUAAAUUCGCUCUUGUUUUAUCAGAAGAGUACAAAGACAAAAAGCCAUUACAGUUUAAAUUAGACCAUCUUCCUAAGAUCGCUGAAGGAGAAAUUCCUUUGAUGGGAUUCCCCGGUACUCAAGCAGAUGCGAUCAAAGUCGUUUCGGAGCAUCUUGCUGGAUUAAACGAUCAAUUCCGUGAAAUGUCUAAAACAAUUAAAGACAAAUCAACCGAACUACAGCACUAUCCGAAACCAAAUAUCAAAUCUAAAGCAGAGCAGACACUUACUGAUGCUCAGGAGCCAAUCAAUGACUUAACCAUGCUUAGACAAGUCUUAACAAAGACCGUGGCGACAGCAGAUAAGAAAUACGUCAAAGCCCAAGAAAAAAUCAACGAUUGCACUCUUUCACUUGCAAAGAAAUCAUCAGUUACAGACAAGCAAAAGAAACCAAUCCAAGAAAACUGGCCACUUAUUCUUGAAGCUCGUGCUCAAACAGAAAGUCAAAGAUUACUUCUUGUCAACAAGAGUAAUACAGCUCUCGACAAGUUCAAAGAGUUACUUGGACAGUUUGCCAAGUUCAGCCAAAUCAGAAACGAUAUGUUCCGUGAACUUUUCGAUAUUGUUAUGUACGCUUACAUGAAAGUUGCCGCCAACAUGCAAAAUGCCGCUUUCCAUAUCGAGCAAGCUGCCAAAGUAAUUAAUCCGAUCUUAGAUAUGACAAAUUACGCUAAAAGUCGCAAUCUUGUCAGAUAUGAUUUAAGUAUCAAGAAAUUCGAAGAAUUCCAAUGCGAUACACCAGCCUUUAGAUCAGUCGAUAUUUCCAUUACAUCAUUUAUUUCGAAUUACGAUCCGAUUGGCACCGUUGAAGUUAUUCAUUCAUUCCGUGCUGAAAACCCGAAUGAAAUGAACUGCGUUCGCGGUCGCCGUCUCCUUCUCCUCGAGAGAACCCACGAGGACUGGACUUACGUAAUGCAUCCUGUCACUCAUUUGACUGGAUUCGUCCCAACAAAGUGCAUCCAGCCAAUCGGAAUCGCUCUGGGUGUUGUACUUAGAAAGGCCAAUGACGAAAUCGCUGAAAGCAUCAUGCUUAACCCUGGAGAAUACGUCGCAAUCACUUCUUUGUCUCCACUCCAGUUUGAGACAAUGAGAGGUGAAAAAUGCGCUAAGGCACCUCAAAACCUCAUCGGUGUUGUUUUCCAAGAUUAUUAA